AUGUUAAUGAACAUUAUUAAUGUCAUAACAACUAUAAUACAAUUGCUUUAUUGUGUUGGAGGUUGCCUAGUAUCUGUUGCUUCUGUAAUUCUAUUAUGUGAUCUUCAAAAAAGUAGUGAAAAUCCAUUAGUUAUAUCAGCAAUACUUAAUAAGAUAAACAUACCUAUAUUUUUUGGAAAUAUUAUUAUAUAUCUACUUACAAUAAUAAAAAGGCAAUACUUACAUCUUAUGUUAAUUACACCAUUAACACUUUGGCAUAUUUGGAAAAUUUGGAAAAGAUCUCCUUACAAUUAUGAUUUCUAUGAGAGUACCAAAAUUUUGAGAAGAGAUGAAAAUAAAAAAUAUAUACGGGAAUGGAUAUUUAAAGGAGGUUAUUAUUCAAUGAUGGUAAUUAUUUACAGUAAAGAAUUUUUUUAA